AUGAAUCAUAAUCAUACUUAUCCAUUACCAGCAAAUGUAAAAUCAACACAUCAUGCCACAUAUAUACAUCCAAGAUUAAUGCCCGGUUAUCGAGGACACUGUCCAGGUGAAAAAUUUGAUUAUGGUCAAACAUAUGGAGCAUAUACAUGUAAACAAUUUCAAGAUUAUCGUUCAACAGUCCUUCAGUCGUCAAUGACACCGUAUGAAGAUGGAGGAAAUUUUCCGACAUUUUUGUCGCAUAAUCCAGAUCUUGUUAUUAAUAAAAGAAUACAAGGUAGACAGCGGUAUGGUGACAGAUUCUAUUGUCAACUUUAUAAUAAAGAUGAUCAAAGGUCUAAUGAACUUAGACAAUUCGACUUGGCAGUUCAAAAACAUCGUGAGUAUUACAAGGACAAAACGGGAACUAAAGCACCUGUAACUGAUUUUUUCAUUCCAACAACUAAUAUGGACUUUAUUAAAGAAAAAUGUCAACCCUAA